AUGGGUCGUAUUCAUAAAGAAUAUUACAGUGCCAAUGCAAGAUAUCUAUCAGAUGAGGCAAUCCAAGAAAUUAAAGGAUCAAUGGGUAUGGUACCUGAUGCCAUAAAUGCAAUGGCAAAAAAAUAUCACAUAAAUCACUAUCGUGUUAUAGAUUAUAUGGAAAAUCGUGAAC